AUGCUCUUCUUGCUCGCUCUCUUUCCAUCAAUUCAGGCAGGAAUUGAUGUGCAAUUGCCGGGCGCUUGUGGGCUGCCGAUGGAUCAAGGGAAAGACUGUGGGAAUGCGACGAUUCGAUACUAUAUGGAUAAAAGUCGUUUAUCCUGUUUCCCAUUCAAAUAUCUGGGGUGUGGCGGCAACGAGAAUAACUAUCCGACUGAAAGUGAUUGCUUCAGAUGCAUGCCGAUGGAUUUGAACUUUUGCCCGGGAAACACCGAUCCAGUAAAAGACGUCAACGGGAGCUCCUACUGCAACUUUCAGCAAAAGUGUGCGCCGGGUUCACAAUGUCGAAUGGGUUUCGCGGUGGGACUCUGUUGCAGCAAUGAGUCAAUCAAGAAAGAGAGCGCCGACAGCAGCCCGAUUUGCCCACAAUCAAAGGAAGUCGUCAAAACUCAACGCUUCGGCUUUGACUCGAUUCUGCAGGGAUUGAAUUGCUCGGAUGAUUUUUGUCCAAGGGGCACAAGCUGUCACAAGGGCGAGUUCAUCUCUUACUGCUGUAAA